AACUGCAAAUCUCAACUUUUUUUCUUCACAUUUACUUUAUGGCACAGGAAUUUCUGCAACUUUUACCACAGCUGUCAUGACCUUUAUUUGCUGCUGACAUCUGCUGGUUAAAGCUUGUAAAUGCACAUGGUUUUGAACCGCACUCGAGCCCACCCCUGCAAGCCAACUAGGGCCCAUUAAACCAAACCCUACUGAGCACGGUACAGAGCGAUCACACUAAGAAGUCAAAUGAAGCAGGUUUGGGGGAUCAAACACCCCCGGGAACGGUUUGGAUAUUACAUUGAACAUAAAGUAUACAGCUAUUAGGAGUUGUGUGAUAAAAUAAAAACUAUGUUUGGUUAAACAAGUAACACAUGCAGGAACAAAUAAGGUUUUUGUCACCUCUCACUUAGUCUCACUUAAACUAUAUUUGUUUGUGGUUUUGAUGUGUGAAAAAGAGCAAUACAAAAGAUUGUGCGUGCAUAAAUUAAACACAGUUUGAUCAGUCUUAUAGUUUUGAUCAGUCUUUGUUUUCAGAGCAAGCAAGAUGCUACGAUUUAUCAUCCUUGUCACCCUGCUGGUAUCCUCAGCGUGCGCUCUUCAAUGGGAAAUCUACAGAGAAGAAUUGAUUGGAAAUAAAGAAAGUUCUGGUGAAGUCAUGGUCAAAAUGAACCAAGGGCUUCCUGGAGUAUGCUGGACAUGUAAGUGGGCUAUGAGGAAUGUGAAGAAGAAGAUCUCCAAUGGUGCAACCGCGGAAGACAUUAAAAAUCAGCUAACAAGGGUCUGUGAUGAGAUUGGGUUCCUAAAAAUUAUGUGUAAGAGUUUGGUAAACAAGUACGUAGGCACUCUGGUCGAAGAACUUUCAACGUCAGACGACCCAGCAACCAUCUGUAAAAACAUUGAAAUUUGCAAGUAGAAAGCAUCAAUGUUUCAGUUAACCAGCAUUACUUUUAUUAUGAUGCUUUGUUUGUAAUGUGACAGAAACUACAACUGAUUUAAUUUGCUUAAGGCUUAAAAAAAAUGAAAGUGUUAUUUGAGUUCUGCAUCAUUUUUAACAUUCACACAUUGCUGAUUUGUGGAAUAAAUCUCUCAUUAUAAUAAAGCUGAUGCAUGUUUAUCACA